AUGCUACUAGGAUUCAGCAGUAAGCAUUUACCAAUAUAUGACAAGUAUGAUUAUUGUUAUAAGCUAUUAUGCAACAGAACAGGUAAAGGCUCUAUAGUUAUUGCAUGUGGUUAUGGAUAUCAUGAGAGCUGUUUUAGUAUUUCAUUAAGGGGAAAAUAUUAUUAUUGCAAAAAUUUUCUUAAACUAAAUAUACAAAAUAAUGUUUUUUCUCUUCUUUCACGAUUAAGUAAAUUAGAUAAGAGUAAAUCAAAUCUAAAGGAAUUUAUUGAUACUGAUGAAGAGAGUCCACAAAAUCAAAAGAUAUUGAAUGAAGAUAAUAUAUUGAAGGUGCUUCGAAAGGAUAAGCAAGCAUUACCAAGAGCAGAGCAAGCUUAUUCUACAAUUCUUGAAAAAUUUUUGAAUGCUAAUAUUACAAAUAUUUAA